GCAUGUUCAGACAUUAGUCUUCCAUCAACUUUACAGUAGAGAAGAACACGCAAGUUAAUUCUCAAUUUAUACAUCAGCUAAUCAAAAUGGAAUUUAAGAAGCUUAAUAUACAAUUGGAAGAAAAUGAUAUUUCUCAGAAAAGCCUCGAGGACAAUUUGAUCGAUAAUAGUUCAAAUUUGUGUGACUCAUCAUGCUUUAAGGCUGUGAAACAAUUGCUGGAGGACUCCGAUAAGAAAGCAGAAUUCGAGGAAUUUAUUUAUGUAUAUGGUACAUAUGAGAGAUAAUCAAUUAAUGGACAUAAAGGAUAAACUCUCAGAUCUUAAGCAGCAAAUCCUGGAGAAGAAUAAAUUAAUAGACAAUUUGAAAAGGAAAAUGCAUUUAUCAGAUGAAGCUAAAAUUAAUAACAAUGAAAGAACGAUUACAGAAACGAACAAGAUCAAUGCUGAAACAAUUAAGGCUAAGGAUCAACUAAUAGAAACACUUAAAGAAUCACUUGAGUUAUCUAAAGAUAAUCGAAAGCUAUUAGAUAGUAAUCAAUUAGCAAUGACAACAAGAAUAGAUCUUCUUUUGGCUCAACAGGCAACUGCUAAUGAGAAUAUGAUUGAAAGAGAUAAUGAGAUUAUACGGCUAAAAUCAAUAAUUGAUACAAAAGAGGUAGAAAUUAAAGAAAAUAUAAAAAUUAUUGACGAAAUGAAAGAUGAAAUAAAAACUGCUAAUGAGAAUAUGAUUGAAAGAGAUAAUGAGAUUAUACGGCUAAAAUCAAUAAUUGAUACAAAAGAGGCAGAAAUUAAAAGUAAUAUUAAAACUAUUGAAAAAAUAACAAAAAAAUUAGAUUUUUAUGUUAGGCGAAAUAAUAUCCUUGAAGAUAUAGCAACUGAUUCUUUUGUAAACGGCUGGCUUGAUAAUUAAUUAAUUUUUUAAUUUAUUUUUUAAUUAAAAACAAUUUUUUGUUCAAUAUAAAAAUUUUUUUUUAAACUUCAAUUAACUAAUUUCUAAUAUAAACGUUAUCUAAAAAAUGAUGGAAUGAUGAAAAAAAAAUGGGAUGACUUCUGAGUGCCAUACUAAAAAAAGAUUCCUUUUUACUACUGACACUUCGCCUAAAAAGUAUCAUAGUUUGAAGUCUAGCAGUUUUUAUUACACAUUUUGGACGCCACUGAUUCACACUUUCGGCUAAUAAAAGAGUUAGAUUGAAUCCACUUGAAUCCAGUAAGUUCGACUCCACGAAAGACAGGUGUACGCUAAUUCGGGUUCGUUGUUAAUACACUGAAUUACCACUACGUUUUAUGAGCUACUAUUAUUUUAAAUAGUUUUUUAUACGUAAUACACGUUUAUCUUUGGGGCUGUCCUUAUAUUACGUAAUCACGUUUUCGGCGAUUUUUGACCCCCUCCCCCCUGGUAAUCAAAAGUAAUCAUUUAAUGAAUUUCGCAUCCUUCGUAUGAUUGAACUAAUAGGCAUUCUCCCUUUCGCCGUCCUGACACACGGUAAAGGGGUGUCUUUGAUUUUGUAUCGAAGCUUACAGCUACAUUUUUGUAUAUACAUAUGUUGGAAAAUCUUUUUGUUCGUUUUUUUUUUGCUAAUUUCAAUAUUGCCGUUGCUUCCUUUUGACAAUCCGACGGUCUUUUAUCGAUAUCGCAGCUUGCAUGAUUUAAAAACCGAUUAAAAUAGUUCACUUGGGUUUGAGUCCAUUGCAAAACACACGAGAACAUAUCACAACCGAAACUUUUAAACAGAUUACGGUUAAUUCCAUAAUUUCACAACGAACAUCUGAUUUUCGAUAUAUGUACAAAUAAUAAAAUAUGUACAUCGACUUAAUUAUAGAGUUGCAUUCUGUACUUAUUGAUGGAGUAAACCAAUUUUUGAAUAAAUAAUUUCAACAACAAAGUUUUUAUAAAAUGAUUAAGUAAUCAUUGUCCAAAACACCUCCCCCCCAUGUAAUCAAACAUAAUCAUUUUCUUGACCCCCCUCCCCCCCUAAGUGAUUACGUAAUAUAUGGACAGCCCCUUAUAGCAACCAAUCAGGAAUUCAUACUGACUAUAGUUAUGUAUGUAGCAAAAAUUUGCGGGGCGGAAGUUGAAGUCGCAAAUAUGUAAUACAAGUCUAAUCUGAGUUCAUACGAAUAGACCGAUAGACAGACAUGACAACAUCAUCUCGGCUAUUGAGGAUGAUCAAGAAUAUACAUACUUAAAUACUUUUGGAACCGGAGAUACCUCCAUCUGCCUUUUACAUAUAUUUUCUGUAGGCGCAACGUUAUCUAUCAUACGCUUCUACCCUAUAAGUAAGAUAUAAUUUACUCAAUGGUUGCACUCGUUUAGAAGAUUACGACUAUCGCAAACCCAUAAAAGUUCGUAUCUUCAAAUGCAUUCGUAUCUUAUCGAAAUCUUUGAUUUCGUGGAAAUUUCUCUGCAUGUUCAGACAUUAGUCUUCCAUCAACUUUACAGUAGAGAAGAACACGCAAGUUAAUUCUCAAUUUAUAAAUCAGAUAAUCAAAAUGGAAGAUAAGAAACUUAAUAUACAAUUGGAAGAAAAUGAUAUUUCUCAGAAAAGCCUCGAGGACAAUUUGAUCGAUAAUAGUUCAAAUUUGUGUGACUCAUCAUGCUUUAAGGCUGUGAAACAAUUGCUGGAGGACUCCGAUAAGAAAGCAGAAUUCGAGAAAUUUUUUUAUAUGGUGCACAUGAGAGAUAAUCAAUUAAUGGACAUAAUCUUAGAUCUUGAAGUAAAACUAUCAAUUUAUAAGCAGCAAAUUCUGGAGAAGAAUAAAUUAAUAGACAAUUUGAAAAGGAAAAUUUAUUUAUCAGAUGAAGCAAAAAUUAAUAACAAUGAAAGAACGAUUACAGAAACCAACAAUAUAAAUGCUGAAACAAUUAAGGCUAAGGAUCAACUAAUAGAAACACUUAAAGAAUCACUUGAGUUAUCUAAAGAUAAUCGAAAGCUAUUAGAUAGUAAUCAAUUAGCAAUGACAACAAGAAUAGAUCUUCUUUUGGCUCAACAGGCAACUGCUAAUGAGAAUAUGAUUGAAAGAGAUAAUGAGAUUGUUCGGCUAAAAUCAAAAACUGAUACAAAUGAAGUAGAAAUUAAAGAAAAUAUUAAAAUUAUUGACGAAAUGAAAAAUGAAAUAAAAGCAUUAGAAGAUACUGUUCUUAGACAAAAUAGUACCCGUAAAGAAGUACUAAAUAAAAUAUGUCAAUUGCCCAAUCGUACUACUCUUAAAUUGAUUUGUGUGGAAAUGAAUUUUCGUAGUCUAAUUGAAAAAUUGGAUUUUCGUGAUUACAGCGCUCUUGAAAUGAAGUCACUUAAAUUUAAUCUUUCGCGUACUUUGGAUUCCCACAAAGCCAUCAGAAAUACAAUUAGAGAAGCGUUAUUUGCUGUAAACCGACUAUUUGCAAAGCCUGAAGAAAAUAAAAAUAAAAAUUCCUUAGUAGUUCGCCCAUAAAAAUGUUAUACAUAAAUGUAUGUAUAAAAUAAUAUAAAUAAAUAAUAUAAAUAAAAUAAUAAAAUAUAAAAUAAUUUAAGAAAGCUACAAUCGAGUGUACUCGACUGAAUGAUACCUAUUACCCAAUUUCAAUAUAAGCGAAAUAUUACAAAUUUGUUCUUGGAAAACCAACAUAUUAUAUCGACAAUACUUUUAAAUAUACCAAAGUCGAUAUUUAGUAGUCAUAUUUAGAAUAAUAUACUAUUAUAUUGAAAAGAUUUUCAACCAAAGAAAUAAAGACUCUUAUCAUAUCUUAUCUUGGGACCGGAGAUGCCUCCAUCUGCCUUUUACAUAUAUUUUCUGUAGGCGCAACAUUAUCUAUCAUACGUUUCUACCCUAUGAGUAAGAUAUAAUUUACUCAAUGGUUACACUCGUUUAGAAAAUUACGACUAUCGCAAACCCAUAAAA